ACAAUAUAAUCCAACGGUUCUUAGUUGUGGUCCACAGCGAACCCCUUACUGGUACACCACCUAUAAAAUAUUUGAAAAAAAAAAUUACGACAAUUCAGGGUCCAAAAGGCCUUUUCUGUUUCUAAGCUCUACACAACACUGAAGCACUAUCUAUCUACUCUGUGCGUUCAUUUCCUCUGCAUAGACAGAAAGAAAUGGUAAUCACUAACUUCAACGGAGCCGGCGUCGGAUUUGGUUUCGGUGUUGGUUGCGGUUUCGGUGUAGGAUGGGGUUUCGGAGGUAUGCCAUUGAACUUCUUGGGUCUUGGUGCAGGUGGAGGCUGUGGCGUUGGAGUAGGACUUGGUUGGGGUUUUGGUACUGCUUUUGGUAGCAGGUAUAGGUUGUCAAGGAUCACAUUUCAAGGAAUGGAAUUUGACAGUAAGGAGAAAAGUGAGAGCACGGAGUUGUCAAAACCCAGCCCAGAAAUAAGAACUUUCACCCUCUCACAAAUCUCUCAACACAAAUCCAACAAAAACUGUUGGCUUGUCAUCAACGGCAGAGUGUUGGACGUGACAAAGUUUUUGGAGGAACAUCCAGGAGGAGAAGAAGUGAUUCUAGAGGUUGCAGGGAAAGAUGCAACAAUGGAGUUUGAUGCUAUUGGACACAGUAAAGCAGCUCAAAGUUUAGUCCUGAAAUACCAAGUUGGUGUUCUUGAAGGUGCCACGGUUGAAAAGGUUGAUGAUGAUAACAAUGUUGUUGUGGAAAAGGAAUCAAAGAGCAAAGAAAUGAGUGCUUUUGUCAUUAAAGAUGAUCCUAGUUCAAAAACUGCGACAUUUUUGGAGUUCUUUAUUCCUGUUGUUUUUGCUUGUGUUUAUUUUGGUUAUAGGGUCAUCACCGUAGGAGAUGCUGUUGACUACUAAACCAUUGGGAUGUCUAUAUUUACUGUGUUUGUUAUAACUCUGAAAUUCAAUAAUUAAGUUUUUUUUCCUAAUAUUUUAGGCGGAAAUAAUAUUUGAUUAUUUGUUGCUUUGGUA